AUGGACUUGGCUGCAUCUUCAGGAUAUUGCGGGCCGUCCUCCUCCUGGUCCUUCUCCCAGCGCGUCUUCCUGCUCUUCAACUCCGCUGUUCCCGACUACCCGUGCCCAGAUCUUCCUUUUCACAUCGAUGGCUGUACCUGGGAACUUAGCUGGUCCCAAACUGAUUUUGAAGAUGCUUCUGUUGUGGAGGGGCUGCCGUCGCUGGAUGACUUUCUCUAUUUGCUCAAUACCGUCAAGUUCCAUUCCUCUCGGAUGCUAUAUCUCGUCGACGAAGACGAGUUCAUACCUCAUCUCCACGAGUUCUAUGAUCGAGGGCUCGAGAAGGCCAGAACUCAGCCCCCAUGGUUCAUUCAAUACCUUCUGAUCAUCGCUCUCGCCAAGGCUUUCUUGACUACAUUCAGGAAUCCCAAAUGA